GCCAGCUACACAGCAGGUAAGGCCAUUAUAGGUGUAUGUGUGUUUGUGUGUGCACAUGACUGGCACAUUGUGCUGUAAUAUGGGGAAACGCCAUCAAACAGUUUUGUAAGACAUAAUAAUAAACCACAAAAUCAGAGACAUAAUGUUUUUCAUACAACUCAUGCUUCAUUGUUAUGUAUCUUUUAUACUACAUGACAUUUUUAUCGUAUUCUAUGUGUUGAGGUUAAAGCUAGAGUAACAGUUAUAAGAAGAAAUGUAGGGAUUCAGGGUAGGGCAGUAUAAGGAUAUAGGGAAGGUGUUUACUGUUUGGGCAGCAUGGGGAAUGCAUAUCCCAGUGCUUCCUGAGAUUAAUGGGAGCUAUAGUCUAAGAUGUCAGCUAUUUUAGCAGCCCCAAGGAUUUUGUUUGUGAGAGAAGUUAAUUAAAAUUGGAUCAGUAGCUGUAACUCUCUAAUCUCAGACAGACAAGGAUACGCACAUCCUAGUGCAGCAAAGGCUUAGGAGCCUCCAAACUGGACAAUCUUAUGUCAUCCAUGCUGAACAACUGAAUUGAUGACCUCCAGUUUGUGGUGUAUUUUGGAUUUGUGCUGCCCUAGGCACGACUAAAUUCGGGCACCCCCAAAAUCUAAAUUUGCCCCCUCAAUUCAUGUCAAGGCCAUUUUUUUGACUGACAGACACAUGCCCUUAUUGAUACAUGCACUGAUAUACACUCACUGACAGAUACACAGUCAUUGGCAUACACAUACAGUCAUUGGCACACACUGUUUAACCAGGCACACACUCUCAGAUACACAUAAAAUGACAUACACACACUGACACACACUCACAGGCACACCCAUCCUCACAGACACACUGCCUCACUCACUCAGUCACUCACUCACUCACAGUAAGGUGGACAGCCCCAGAACACAAGGCAAACAAGACAUUUGUCUGGGAGCUUGGGGUGGCAUUUUUGGUGCCCCCCCCUGAAAGUGCCACCCUAUGCAAAUGCCUUGUUUGUCUUGUGGUAAAUACAUCCCUGCCUCCUGUACAUGGUAUAUUCCCAAGCAGCGUGUGUAAUACCAUUAAUCUCAGGCAAGACACAACCCUUCACUAGACUACAUAGAGAAAUUUAUUUUUAAAAGGGGGAGCUGUCUCUGGGUAGAAUCUUGAGUGAGUUCACAGAUUUGGGGGUGUCUUGGGGUGACUGUGACAAGAUAAUUGUGUGCAGAAAAGUGACUGUGUGUGGGGUGACUGUGGCAAAGUGAGUGGGGGAAUGCAUGUAGAGAUGUGACUGUGUGUGUCGGAUGACUAGGGGUUAAGUGUGGGAAGGUGACUAUGCAUGGGGGUUGAGUGUGAGGGGUAACUUUGAUUAGAUAGGCUGUAUGUCUGUAUCUAGCUUCCAACACGGGGAAUGGCAAUAAUCCAUUCCCUGGCAGUCUAGCGGAUUUCCUGGUGGUGAGAUGAAGGAGCUCUGGUUUAUGUGAGUGUGAUUUUUUUUUUUCAUUUUAUUGGUGUGUGUAUUUAUGGUAUAUAGAUUGUCUGCACUACCUAGUUUUGUAUUAUUUUAUAUAGAUUGUGAGAGAUCAAUGAAGAUUAUAGGUAUUCAAAUUUAGCGCAUCACUGAAUUAUAGGGUAUUAGGGAUGAUUUUUGUUUUCACAUUUUGGUAGUUGCUACUUUUAUUUUUGUUGCACUAUUUGAAGGGUCUACAUAUAUUUGUAUAUAUUUCUUGGUUCUGUUUUUUUUUUUUUUACAUUCACUUUCUAAUUCCCUGUUCAGAAAAUAAACCCCAUAAAUACUCCAACAAGAUUACAUGGCACUUUUAAUUUCUAAUACUUGGAAAAGAUGCAACCUGCUGGGCAGUGAUGGCUGCCCUAUGGUGCUCUCUAAGAUCUGUAUACAACUAGUACUCAAGCAAUCCAGGUACUGUCAGCAUCUUUGUUGAAACAAAAUGUAAAUUUACCUAAAUACUUUGGAAUGUUGGUGCAGAAACACUGAUUUAGAAAGAAGUGAUACGAUCUCCUAAUUUCAAAUGUUCUCCGAACUGACCAGAACAUUAUUAUUCUCAAUCAACAUAUACUUAGUAAUUGGUAUAUACUGGAUUUAACUUGCACCAUGUUGAACCCUACUGCUUCCAAUGGAAAAUGGUACAUUAAGUGUAGUCCAAAAUGACACAAUUUUCUCCCCUUUACAUUGCUUUUUAUCAAGUGACUUAUUUAUUUCUGUUUGUACCAUGCACUGUAUCUACCAUUUAUCCAAAUUACCCUUAAAGGGACACUCCAGGCCCCCGAUCAGUUCUGCCCAUUGGAGUGGUCUGUGUGCCAACGCCCAUCACCCUUAACCCUGCAAGGUAAUUAUUGCAGUUUUUAUAAACUGCAAUAAUUACCUUGCAGGGUUAAGUCCUCCUCUAGUGGACACAAAAAGUGUUUUAAGCGAUGCUGGACAUACUCAUGUGAGAACCUCCAGCAUAGCCAAAAUCCCCAUAGGGACACUGGACUCCGGUAAGUCACUGAAGGGGUUUUAACCUCUUCAGCAACUUGGGAUGGUGGGUGGUAGGGAGAGGGGCACUGUAGGGUCCUGCAGUGCCAGGAAAACAAAUGUUUUUCUGGCACUGGAGGGUCCCUUUAAUGAGAUGAUGAAUAUGGCAAAGUGAGUGGGGUAAUGCAUGUGGAGAAGUCACAGUGUAUGUGAGAAGACUAGAGGGUGGGUUUGGGGGGUAACGUUGUGUAGAAUGGCUGUGGAUCUGUAUCUAGCUUCCCACAAGGGGAAUGGCAAUAAUCCCUUGCCUGGUAGUCGAGUGGAUUCCCUAGUGGUCGGAUUUGUCCCCACCUCCUAUAGUCUGUAAGCUCGUUUGAGCAGGAUCCUCUUCAGCCUAUUGUUCCUGUAAGUUUUCUUGUAAUUGUCCUAUUUAUUGUUACAUCCCCCUCUCAAAAUAUUGUAAAGCGCUACGGAAUCUGUUGGCGCUAUAUAAAUGAUAAUAAUAAUAAUAAUAAUUUGAAACCUGCUCUUUUCUGGGGUAUAACAUGUAUAUCUCAGCAAACAAAUAUGGGGGAUUCAGUUCCAACACAUGGCCAUAUCAUGUUAAACCCAUCACUGUGCCACAGUAUCGCAAUAUCGCUGGGUCCUAUACUCAUUUUAACACAGGAGACAAAUUAAAUAGUGCUAGUGCUAUAUUAAUGAAAGUGUAUUUAAUUAAAAGCAUUGUGAAUACAAAAAUGAAUGUAAUAAAAAAAUACAAUUAAAAAAAUACUGUGUCAAAACGAAAUAAUUAAAGUGAUAGUCAUUUGAUGUAUAUGCCCCAUGUAUGUUUGGCGUCCAUACCAUUUUUCAUUUGGGUUGAGCACUCCGCCCCAUCCUCCAGCUUCACAUGACCAUUUGAAAGGUGACCACAGGAAAGUAUAAAUUAGAGGAGGUUUUGGAUAGCAAUGUCACAUUAAUGAUCAUUUUGAUUUGACAUGGAGCAGAUAUACACAUUGUGAGUAUAUAUAUCAAAGCACUCUUACUUAAAAUUAGUGUAGGACCCACCAUUAUUGCAGUACUAUGAAGUAGUGGUGGACCACGAUAGGGCCAAAUGGAGGAACUGAAUCCCCAUAAUUGUUUGCUGAUAUAGGUGAUUUUAAGUAGUCUUCUAAAAUUUAAAACUGUUUUUGGAGUGCGCAAUGUUCCUUAAUCUGUAUUUUGUAUAAAUGUUGGUCAAUACGGCAGCACCACUGCUGAGAAAUGCAUGUUCCAGGUGUGUGCCCCCAACUCCCUUUUUUUCUCCAUAAAAUUAAUAACUAUCGUGACCGAGAUGCACUUAUUUAGGUCUUACAGAGAGCUGCCACCUGCCUGUGUAUAUGUUAAUGUGAUUUGUAAGUAUUUGCCAUCCAUGCUCAGGCAAGUGAGUAAUGAUGAUUAACUAAAUGAUCACAGGGGAAAUCCUGUUGGAAUAAACACAAUAUUGUAUUGAUUACUUCAACUCCAGCAGCACAGAAAGCUGCAGAUAUAAAAGACAGAUUAACAGGCAGAUAGAUGUUAUAGAUAGAUGCAAACGAAUGUUGAUUGAAAAGAGUACCAAAUAAAAUAUUCACAAACAUCUGACUUGGGACUAACUCAGAAAAUUAAGCCUCAUUAGUAUUUCAACUUUUCAAGUCGAAAAAUGUAUGUGUCAUGGAAUAGCAUUAUAGGUAAAUCCACCUUUGUUAACAACCCAAGCCCAAAUAGAUGAAAGGCUUCGGUUCAACACCACAAUCACUAACAAGGUUAUUCAUUAAACACUGAAUUUUGUCCAAAUGGAAAUGUCCUGUUAAAAUUACUGAAUUCCAACCGCAUUGGCAAAUUACAGAUUUACCAAAGCCAAGUGUGGUCAGGAUUCAAUUGGUCCGACCGAAUCUGUAUCAUUCAUUGGGAAACGAUCGAAAAAUCAGUAAUAUUCACAUAGGAACCACGGGAAUCAGACAUUUAUUAAUGAGCGCAUAGUGACUGAAUAUAAAACUAAUGAAUCCAGCCGGAUGCACAUUCACAAAUUAUCAUUCACUUGCUAUUUGCAAGUAAAUUGAUCAUUUGAAGUACUAUUUACCCGCUGGAAGGGCUAGCAGCCAGAGGGGAAAUAGUUUUAAAACAAAAUCUUCGACAGCAGGAGGGUUAAUUGUGUGAUGGCCAGGGACGUAUUAGCCGCGAGGCAAACAAGCCAUUUGCUUUGGCGGCAUUUUCCAGGGGGCGGCAAAAAAGCCGCCCCCAAAUGCCUAGGGCAGCACAAAACCAGGAUACACCACUGGUGAUGGCUGUCUAGCACUUGCUGCUGUCACAUUUAAAAAUAUGUAUUUUUUUUUAAACUAAUAAAUAAAAAUCCCAUGGGGUCAAUAAGACCCUUAUUUUACUAUAAUGGAGGUAUUUUACCUCGAUAUGUCUCACCUGCCAUGUGCUGCCUUGUUUUUUUUUUGUUUGUUUUUUUAGAGUUUCCUCUUGUAUUGUUUAUUUUUUCCAUUCCCCCUGUUUUGGGGCUGAAGAUAAUAAGUUUUACUAAGAUUUACUAUAUUAAGAAGAAAUACUUCAGUUUAUCAUUAUUUACAUGUAUUAGAUUUCAUGCCCCCCUUUAAGAGCCCAGUGAACUUGGUGCUGACAAUUAUGAUGGGCCUAAUUACAGAAUCUUAUCGACCAAAAACACUAAAAAAGUCAUACCUACCAAUCGUCAUGUAUCUGGCGGAAGUGGAACUAAAGGGAAACUUAUAGGAUGCAGCUAUGAGAAAGCACACACUCUAUGCUAAUCUCUCUUUAAGUUAUGCUUUCAUCUUUCAAGUAAAUCCAUAACCCCUAACAGCAGUGUCUAGUGAAGCAGGCAGUCAAUGGACAGGCAGUCAAUGGACGCAAAUCAUGUAAUCAGAACUGCCGAAAGCGGCGAACAUGCCUUUAAAAAGGGGGCGUGUCUGCCUAAAGAAUUGGAAGGCCAGCCUGGCAUGAAUGCAUUUCAGGCUUCCUGACAAUCAUGCAGGCUGGCCAACUAAGGGCAUACUAUACAGACAGCACCCUGAGCUUGGCAUAAAUGCGUCUAAUUAUGAGUUCGCUCAACGUUUUCUAAGGACUGUCCCCUAGCACUCGCUGAUCCAAUCCUCUCCUAACCUCCUUACUAGCAGGCAUAAGCUCCUGGUAUAUAGUCUGGGACAGAUGAAAGCUGUAUGUAGUGAAUGUUGAAGAAAGGGAACAUGCCACAGUGUUAGAGAGACUGAAGGAGCAAGAGUAUUUGCAUAGUGAGCAAAGUCAGCUUUACCUUAACUAAUUUCAUUGUCAGCCAGUCCACACAUGUUUUGUUCCCAUACAUCCCUCUAAAGUUUCCAUGCUUAAGCAAGAGUAUGUGAAGGAUAGUAAGGGUUGCUACCUUUCUUGGAAAAAAAUACCGGCAUAAUUAAUUAUGUGUGCGUGUAAAUCACAAGGAGUGACCGAAGAGAAAAUUCUGUAAAAUCACCAAAAAACUACUUACAUUUAUGCUGCUGAAUAAAAGAUGGAUUGUUCCUAGUUUUUCCCCUGUGUCUUAGUGUCCCCUAGUCUCCCAGUAUCCCCUAGUCUCUGUGUCCCCUAUGUAUUACAGUGUUUCAGUGCCCCAUGUGUCCCAGUGUCCCCAUUUCUCAGUGUCUUCUACGUAUCACAGUGUCGCUAUGUAUCACAAUGUCUCAGUGCCUCAUGUGUCUCAGUGCCCCCUCAUAUCCCCAUGUUGUCCAGUGGCACUUGGACACUAGGGGACACUCAAGAGACAUGAAAACACUGUGAGACAUUGGGACACUGGGAGACACUAGGGACACUGGCUGGGUGAUAUGGAGACACUGAGAGACUUGGGGACAUUGGGAGACAUGGGGACACAGACGCUAGGGACACAGUGUCUCAGUGUCCCCAUGUCUCCCAGUGUCCCCAAGUGCCUAGUGUCUCACAGCAUCCCCUAAUGUCUCAGUGUCCCCAUGUCUCCAGUGUCCCCUGAUCUUCCAGUGUCCCAAGGUCUAUCAGUGUUCCCAGUUUACCCAGUGCCCCCUAGUGUCUCCCAGUGUCCCCAUGUCUCCCUGCAGCCUUUACCCCAUCCCUCACUUCCCUGAGCUGUAAGCUGUCUCUGCAGGCUGGGAGCUACUGUCUGGACUCUCCGUGCUGUGUGCAGUGUAGCUGCUCCACUACAGAUCAAUGAGUAGAGAGAGGCAGGGAGAUGCUGUAACUUCCUAUCCCUGCCUCUCUCCACACACAGUGACCCCUAUGGCCGGCGCAGGUAUUGCAGAGUAAUCUCUGUUUAUACAUAGAAAUAUGCCGGCAUUUGUAUUGCUGCUUUUACUGCAAUACAGGCAGACUGAAAUACCAUAAAAUACCAGUCAGGUGGCAACCCUAAGGAUAAUGUGUAAAAAUAUAUAUAUAUAUAUAUUUUUUUUUUUUUUCAAAUCAAUGGGCCUAUUCCAUGAGCCUGGAGCUGCAGCUCCAUCAGCCCCAAUGUUAAUCCGGCCCUGCAAGGAGGGAGUCAACGGCAAAUCCACACUCCAUUAUAUAUUAUAAUCAGAAUCACCACCCAGGGGGGGGGAGGGCACUAGCUCCCUUUGAGUAUCAGAAUUAGAGCCUCCACCCAUUGCUAAAGGGUGAGAGCUGGAGUGGAGACAUUAGAUCUCCCCUUAAAGGGACACUCCAGACACCCAGACCACUUCAGCCAAUUGAAGUGGUCUGGGUGCUGUGACCCUUUGCACUUAGUGCUGCAAUGUAAAACAUUGCAGUUCCAGAGAACUUCAAUGUUUACAUUGCAUCUCUAAGUCUGCCCUCUGUGGCUGUUUACCAGACAGCCACUAGAGGGCUUCCAGAAUCCAAAGCAACCAAUGGUCGGUUAUUUGACGCUGGACGUCCUCACGAACCUCCAGCAUCAGAUUUUCCCCAUAGGAAAGCAUUGAAUAAUGGGGCAGGAUAGGUUGGGCACUCCAGGAUUCUCUAGUGCCAGGAUACUGGGUUGUUUUCCUGGCACUAGAGAGUCACUUUUAUACUAUAAUAGCCCUCACCAGCGAAUAAUGGGUGAGAGCUGGAGAGGUGGAUUUGGGUGUACCCUUUAUAGUGAGUAGGCACUGCACUGUAUCUACCAUUUAUCCAUUUAUCACUGCUAAUGGGUGAGGGCUGGAGUGGAGACAUUAGAUAUCCUCUUAAUAUUAUAAUAGUCCUCACCAGCCACUAAUGGAUGAGAGCUGGAGAGGUGGCUUUAGGUGUACCCCUUCUAGUAAGUAGGCUACAACAGCUGAUUAUGGGUAUGUGCAGGGAGCAUAAGGAUGUAAUGCAUGCUGGUUCUGCCACGUGGCAGAUUAGGGAAUAUAGAGCUUUAAUACCUCCCUUAUAGUCCUAUGGAGGUCUUAGUAACCCCGAAAGCCAUUUUCAAUAAUUAAUUAACCUUUAAGAAGCCUUUGAUUAGACCUCUGUGCGGCUGCCAUGACAUCACAUAUGAGCCUGUCAAGAAGUGCUGUGAGCUUGGCCCGGCGUUGAAUUAAAGUAAGUAAAACUUAUUCUAAAACUUUUUCCAGUGUUUUUUUUGGGGGGGGAGGGAGGGUUGGGGUGAACGUAAAGAAUAAUGCUCAAUAGGGCAUUAUAAGAAGAAAAGAAAACAAGGGUUGGAGUAACCUUUAAAAUAUAUGUCCACUGGCUGCUGUCUGCAGGCAAAUAGUUCUGUGUUUGGUUUUUUUUUAAAUCUGGCACCAGAUGCAUUGGGGUCUGGAUUUUAAACAUUUGGGUCCGGAUUUCAGCUAUCUGGAAACAUUAUGAAAUUCAGAUAUUGUUCACACUAUUUUACAAUGUCUAAAUUUUGCAACGCUUCCAGAUUUUGCAGUCAAAAUGACUCUGUAUGCUGCCAGAUGGUUUUGCCCCAUUAAGUACAGGGCCAUUCAGACUUUAGUGAAUAGCUGUGAAAAAGUUAAACGGUCCUCAGAGGAGCAGACAACAUUUCAUACUAUGGCAAAUGCUGCCUAAUUAAUGGAUACAAUUCUGUUGCAAUAUCUAAUUCCUCAGUUGAUGUGUAAUAAAACAUGGUGCAAAUCCACGCAACAGUCAAGCUAUUUGUUCUAUAUUGAGAAAAAAAUACAAUUAAAUAGCUGCUAUUUUUAUAUCUGGAAUACUGUUAGUAUCCAUGCAUGAGUCAACACAAUGACAUCCAUUUAUCGAGAGAGGGUACCAUGCUGUAAAGAAAAAGGAGACUCUUAUUGAAAACUAUCAAGAGAACAUCUAUUUUAGGGCUCAUCCAUUCCUGCCUCAGAUCAUUCAAACGAUCCUGUUUAUGAGCAACAUCAAUUUGAAACCAAUAAUUGUUUGUUAUCCCCUCAAUACAAUACAAUAGGGGAUUUUCACUAAUAGUCUGUAUUUGUGUGAUGACGAUAUAUAUGCAAAUUUUAAGUUAAGAAAAAAGAGCUGGUAAUAUCUUCUGAUCCACUCAUUUCUUCUAAAUCCCAUAUGUUGGCUUAAAUGUUGCAGAUCAAGUCCAUGUUUGUCCCUCCGGGAGGCAUAACCACCUAGCAAAGCUAGUGGUUAUGUGGCAGCCUCCCAGAUAAAUAUUUUGCCGUGCUAAAAAAAUCGCUUGUGCUAUGCUCCUGCACAGCAACAGCGUUUUAGCCAAUCAGGUGAUCAGGACAGCCAUGCAGUUUGCAGCAGCCCUGAUCACCUCAGAUUGUAAAAUGCCAACGUUGAUGGAGGACUCUAUUUCUAUGUCUGCCACAGAUAUGGUGGCUGUCUCUCCUAGAGAAAGCCCCAUCAAUGUUAGAAGGCUCCAUAAGAGAGCCUUCCUGGCCAGUGACCUAUCCUCUUCAUCUUAUGAGGAGGAUAUAGUCCCAGUUAGUAAAAGAAAAAAGAAGGCUUGCCUUUAGUCUUCAGGUUCUGAGGAUGAACUUGAUUUUGGUCACUCUUCCACUCAUUCUCGUUUGAGUAGUUAGUCGAUGUUUUAAAGGGACAGUACCUCCAAAAGUGAAACAUGUUUUUCCCUUGUUUGAGGUUUCAAAGAAGUUUUCACACAAAAGGGAUAAGACUUGUUUGAGUGCUGUCAUUCCCUCACCGUCCACCUCAAGAGCGUUUGCUCAUUCAUCCUCCCUAAGCCGGUCCUGCUUCAGACAGGGAUCACCAGAGAUUGAUUGGGAGUGCGAGGAGGUGGUUCACUCUGCAGCUUCCACUGAACAAGGGAAGUUGAGCAACAUUCAGAUGGACAUAGUGAGCCUUUUAGGUAAAGUGCUCCCUUCAAAAUUAUUCCAUUCAAGAAGGGCCAUCUAACAAGAAUCAGAAGUCAGGGAUUUUGCCAAACUAGCUUCCAGAUCACUGCUAGUUAAAGAGGAUGAUCUCCUCCUUAGAAAUCUUAUUGGUAUCCCUGACAUUCAGGCACUAAUGGCCCCUGAAAUUGAUCCAGCACUGUUAUCCAUUACAGGAAGCAGUGUUUCUGCAGAUCCCAUGGAUCAGACAUUUUGCAAUGUACAAUUUAAAAUUGUGGAUGUUGUUGGUCCCCUGCUGCUUAUGUUGGAUAGGGCAGAGAAGGAGGGAUCCUCUCAUAACCCUUCCCUACCAGCUUUAAUGGCUUCUAAGAUGGCGCUUCUAAAAGCUUCCAGUAGAGUGGUGCUUAUUAUCGGUCAAUCCUUCAACUAUAUUUCUAACAUUCGCAGAACCCGCUGGCUGCAUGCAGCAGGGAUGUCUGAUUUAGCACCUAAAUCAUAUGAAUUUCACUAAUUUUGAAAACUCCUUUUCUAUUUGGCCCCUCUUUUAUACAAGAGAAGAGGUGAAAGGACGAUAUAAAGCUAGGAGAUCUUUCUCUGAUUUAAAGAAGAGCUUUCCAAGCUACAAGAAGCCCUUUCAGACUGAGGGUCGUUCCUACAGGGCUACAGGUACAUCACGGGAAGUUACUCAGCAAGCCCACUUUCGUCACCAUGGGGGAAAGUCAAGACCCCCAGGCAGUAGCAGAGGAGCCCAUGCCAGACAUGGCUCAUCAGGAAACCGAAGACCCAUGCAGUCAAGUAAGUGGUUUACCUCACAUCCCUCAAAAUUGGUCAGAUAUAACCUCAGACAAAUGGGUGCUUAAGAUUUUCAAAAGGGGUUUACAACUCCCUCUCAUUCAGUUUUCUUUCCAGAGUCAAGCUCUGGGCAGAGAGGUAAAUCCAGUUCUAGAUUCUUUUCUUUCCCAGACAUUAGCUCAGGGAAAAAUAGAAUUGGCAGAUUUGUCAAUUUCAGGUUGCAUCAGUCCCUUGUUCCCUAUUCCAAAAAUCAGAUGGCACGUGGAGACCAGUACUAAACAUCAAGGCUUUGAAUGCUUUCCUAAAGAGGAAAAGAUUCAGGAUGGAAGGUUUAACAGACCUCCCAGGCCUAGUGCAGAAAAAUGUCUUCUGCAUAAAAUUAGACCUCAAAAAUGCUUUCCAUUCAGUUCCUAUCGCUAUAAAACACAGGCGCUUUCUCAGAUUCCGCUGGAAGGAACAGAUAUAUCACUGGACUGUAAUGGUGUUUGGCCUAUCCAAUGCACCUUACACAUUUUCCAAGAUAAUGAAAGCUAUUAUAUCCCACGUCAGGCAAAGAGGAUUUCUAUGCCCUUAUUACUUAGACGACAUCCUGUUGUUGAAUCCUUAGGUAGAUGCUCUCGUUCAGCAAAGAGAUUACCUAAUUUCCUUAUUACAGGAUCUGAUGUUUACUGUAAAUUUGCAAAAAUCCAUAAUAGUCCAUACUUGGAAUAUCCUAUUUUUGGGUUUCAUUCUGAACACUAUGGAUAUGACCUUGGGUGUUCCCUGAAACAAAUGGGAAAAAAUCCUAGCUCAGUUAACUUCAGCUCUUUUAAAACACAGAUGGUCCCUAAGAGACUAUUGGGAGGCUGAUAGCUUUAACACCGGUUUACAAUGCUUCCCCCUUGCUGUGCAGAUGAAGUGGCCAGUGGGGGUCAAGGGUGGUCCUUCCCACGAGAGUCAGAAAAGAGCUAAACAAGAAAUUGGUAGGGGCAAGUCCACAUCCUCACCCCCUUCUGAAAGGGCCUUUCGAGUUAACCUUGACCACAGAUGCUUCUACCAAGGGAUGGGGUGCUUUCUCUGUCCAAGGCGCGAUAAGAGAUUGAGCAGUUCAAGAAAGGCUUCUCCACAUAAACUUACUACAGUUAAGAGCAAUCAGAUUAGCCCUCCAAUGCCUCAUUCCAUUGAAUCCCCUAGGACAGCAGUAGCUUAUGUCAACCGCAGAGGGGGCACCAGGUCAAAAGGUCUUUGCCUAGAGGUCUUGGACCUGUGGUCCUGGGCUCUGGUUUACAAGGUUCGAAUUUUGGCAGUUCACAUACCAGGAGAGGAAAACGAACUGGCGGAUUCCCCGUCCUACCAGUGUUUGUCCCUUGCUACAGUCCAGUUAAAGAGUGCCUUAUUUCAGCUGAUAGGGAGCAGAUUGGGCAAGAGACAAAUAGAUCUUUUUGCAUCUCAGACCUCGGCUCAGACUCCCAAAUUUGUAACCAGGACUUGGGCAAAAGGAGCUUAGAAGAUGGAUGCUAUGUCCUUCCAAUGGACAGACAUUCCGGGCCUUUAUGCUUUUCCCCCUCCAUCUAUUCUGAUGAAGGUGUUAAAGAAACUUCGCAGGGACAGGGUGCCCAAUCUGGUUUUAGUGUACCCCAUUUAAAUAUCCAGACCAUGGUACCCCCUGAUUUAACAUCUAAUAAGGGGACCAAAGGUUCCAUUAGCCUGGACAGUGCAUUGCUUCCUAGGGACCAGGGAUCUCUUAACCGAGCUCCCCUAACUUAUGUGGAUGGCAGCCCUGAUAGGCAUUUAACGCAUCCUCUUCUGUCUGACGGGGUUUUAAACAUAGUUAAUUCUUCAUUAUGGUGCAGGACCAGGGUAAGAUACAAAAAGAUGAUCGAGGAAUUUAAAGCAUGGGAAGUUUCCUUUAAUUCCCUUUCCCAAGAAUCUGAAAUAAUUCCCUUAGCUUUGGAAUUCCUCACGCUCAAAUAUCAUUCAGAGUUAGCGGUCAGUACGAUUAAGACGUAUGGUUCUGCAUUAAAUUUUCGAAUCCCUAAUUUGACCCAAGACGCCCUUUACCUCAGGUUACUCAAAAGGGCUACCAGUCUGCUGGCCUUUUACUCCGAGAUACACUUCCACUUGUAGACCUUUUAUUAAACUACCUUAAUUCUCUGGACAGUGACCAGAUUGGCCUAAGAUGGAUGACGAUUAAAUUGGCAUCCCUUCUAGCUUUAGCUCUGGCAGCUAGAGGCUCAGAAUUAACCCAGCUAAAUAUUGUCAAACCAUGGUUGUCUCGAACUCCAGGGGGAUUUCAUGUCAUUCUUAAAGGGAGACAGAAGACUUCCUAUAUUUUCCUGGGACAUGUAGAACUAGAUUUGGUGCAGAAUUCAGCUGAGCCGAGUUUAUGCUUAGUUAAUUUGUUAAAUUCAUACUUGAAUCUUUCUGCCCCAGUCAAAUAAGACUUUAUGCAAUUACUUAUCACCUCCAGAAAAACUUUUCGGCCAGUUAAGGUUAACACGAUCAGGGGUUGGAUACUGUCCGCUAUGUCUGCAGCGGGUAUUAAUGUCACGGUUUUUAAGGGUCAUUCUAUCAGAGGGGCUACGGCUUUAAAAGCAGCAGCGAGAGGCCUUCCUCUUCCUAUUAUCCUUAAAGCUGCAAGAUUGUCUUCCAGUAAGACUGUCGUUAAGUUUUACUGGAGGCCAUCUGAAGUUGAACAUUUGCAGUUCAUUAGGACCACCACCAGAUGUGUGCUAUUCAAUCCACUAGCUUUGCUAGGUGGUUAUGCCUCCCGGAGGGACAAGAUAGAGUUUGCAGGAAUCGAUGACCUGCAAACUUUUUUUGUCCUAGGGAUAAGCAUAACCACCAAGCAAAGCGCCCAUUCCUCCCUCCCCAGGUUUGUUUCUAUUGCCUGGUGGUGGCAGGGUAUUUCUCUGGUUUGGGAAUCUUCUAAUUAAAGUAAUUUUGUGUUUGUUUUCUUUUUCGCUUAUAUAUUUAUAUUUAUUCUGUUUAUCUUUACAGAUUACAACCGGCUACCCAGACAGGAUAAUUAAGCCAUGGACCCUCCUAAAUAGUUAUGGAGGCUAAGAAACUUCUUCCAGAAGUUCUUUGAUUAUGAGUUAUACUAUACUAAUAUUUCUCACAGAGACUGUUUGUUUUUCACCUUGAUGAUCAAAGAUUGUUUUGUUACAUGUUCAUGUUACUAUUAAUUGUCAGUACUUCAGAAAUGUUUAUUAUUUAUUGUUACUUUAUUAUAUUGCCUUUCCACUCUGUUGACAUAACCCUUUCAUAGGAGUAAGUUCAUGCUUGGUUGAGUAAAUAAAACAUUGUUAUCCCCCUUACAUUGACAUUGGUGCUCUUUUCCUUUGUUAUGUUUAGUACCGUGUACAUUGAUAUCUUUCCUACAUUAGGGGGUUAUUUGUCUCUUGGUGAGUCAACCAUCUGCAGUAUCCCGAUUUUAAAAUCUUAGGUGAUCAGGCCUGCCGCAUGCUGCACGGUUGUCCUGAUCACCUGAUUGGCUAAAACGCUGUUGCUGUGCAGCUUUGCUAGGUGGUUAUGCUUAUCCCUAGGUCAAAAAAAGUUUGCAGGUCAUCGAUUCCUGCAAACUCUAUUUUUGUGAAUAAUCCUCAUUUCAUACUGACCUGGCAAACAUCUAUAAAAGAAACAAAAACCGUAGAAGUUUAAAAGGGCAGCAUUCAGCAUAUGGACCCAUCUUUUUUCCGAAAUUGUGACCAAAUUCUUUUUUUGGAUGUGCCUCCCUCCCCCUUUUUUUUCUGUCUCCCUUUAGGGCAUGGGGUCAUUGGAAUCAAAAUAAUAAUGUGGCAUGGAGCCACACAUGAUGUUUCAAGACAGAUCUAUGGCUGCAUCUGUAUAAAGAACAAGCAAUAAAAUAAUUAAAAUGCAUAACUACAUAUAUUAUUUUCUCUGACAAAUAGCUAUUUCUACAAUUACAGUUUACAAUUAAAAGCAAAAUAGUUUAGUGUAUAUAUAAGAUAACAAAAUUACAAACAUAGAUGAGGCUCCCUGUCUCCAGCAGUAUACAAAGAGAGGGAUUAACCCUAAUCACACUAACUAAAAAACAGCAGUUUUAUUAGCUAAGAAAUAGCUAGAAAUAAAAGCUAGCCUGUAACAGAAUUGGAAAUAAUGGCCUAAUACAGAGGUAGGCAACCUUUGGCACUCCAGAUGUUGUGUACUACAUCCCCCAUAAUGCUUUUACACCCAUAAUGCUGGCAAAGCACCAUGGGAGGUGUAGUCCAAAACAUCUGGAGUAGGUUUUGAUUCGCAACCCAGGUAUAGAGUGGUUAUCUGCUGGUGUUUGACUUAGCUUAGAUAGCUUAUUCUGUUGUAGCAGAUGUUUAGUACAUAGGCUGCAUUUUGCAAAUGAAGUAUAAUUCAGUUACCUGCCAACAGGAGAGUGCUUUGGCAUAUAGGUUGUUACACAAAAACGAGGUGUAGUAAACUACCCAAGAAUUCGCCACCUGCAGGUUUGAUGUAGAUUGGAAAAAUUAUAAUAACCAUGUUAAAAUGUUAAUUUUGAUUGAGUUUACUCAACCCACCCGUAAAAUCCUAUAUCUCUACCAGUAUUGAAGUCAGUGUGAAUUUUCUGCAACACACAGGAGUAGUAAGCUGAAUGUAAAUUAGUAAGAAUAACUGUUAGGGGGAACAAAAGAUAUGCAACUGAAUGUAUAGAUAUAGCAAAACCAAAAUGUGCCACUAUGGAUUAUUUGUCCCUGUGCAGGAUAUAUAAAUCUAAAGAUGUUCAUUUCUUCAUAUAGAUAAUGUAACCUGUCAUUGUUGCUUUCAUUUCCAUAUAUAUAGAUUUGUUCCAAUCACAUUUUCACCUUAAUUUGUCCCCAGACUUUGACAAAUUAUCUCCUAAUGAAAAAGUACCAUUUCAGCUGACUUUCUUUGUAGUGUUUUAAAAGUUGGAGCAUGAAUAAUACUUGCAAAAAUAUAAUAUUCAAUGAUAAAAAUUUUCAACUGUGGGGUAGUAGUUUUUUGGGUCAGCAAGGAAUAUUUUUCCUAAUUUGUUACAAAAUUGGAAGGGAUUCAUACUGGGGGGGCGGGUAGGUUUAAACACAGAUAUAAGAAAGGCUGAACUUAAUUGACACGUUUCUUUACAGUCUAUGUUAACUAUGUAACUGUGUAACUAUGUAAUAAGGUCAGCAAAGAAAUAUGAAAGUUGAAGUUAAAAAAUAUCUUCUUUAAAACUUGGAUUAGGCCAAUUGGGUCUCAUUUGCUGUCAUAUUCUGUGUUUCUCAGUUUCUGUGAUUAAGUCUGUUUCCUUUUCUGACAGGUGGCAUUAGAAUGGUCAGGCAUACUGUAUUGCUGAUAUUUCUCCUACUGGUUGAACACAGUGACCAGUCACCUACCGGAAGAAUAAGAAAAAGUGGGAAAAGUUCCAUAGGUAACAAAAACUCUAAACCUAAGCAGGCCCCUUCUCCCGUUUACACCCUCGGACAACUGUUCUAUGAAAAUAACCGCCUCGAACUGCCAUAUAACCUAACAGAAAAGGAAAGUCAAGUGUAUGCUGCAAAUUACACCAUGUUCCCAGAUGGUGUUUACUACCCAUGGCUUCGACAGUCUGAUUUAUCAAGAAAUAAAGAAGAAUUCCAGGUCAGGUGCCUUAAUAUCACCAUGAAAGAAAACAACCAAUGGCUCAAUAGAUUUCGUUCAGAAGAUGAUACCUAUAUGAGCGUGGCAAUAUAUGUUUUAAAAUUUAUUUGCAUAGAAAAUUAUGGAAAAGAUCCCAACAGGGCAGACUUAUUUGUUGGAGGACUAUGGAUGACCACAUUAGGUGUGAUGAUCUCCUUAGUAAUGCUAGGCUAAGAUUAAAAACAA